ACCUGGAGGGCGGAGAGUGCAUGGAAGUAGAAGUGGGUUCGUUACGGGGGGUGACCAAGAAUGGCGCUUGGACACUGGGUGUAUGUUCUUGUGGACGUCGUCUUGCGUGUGCUUGUGGAUGCGCGCAUUGCUCCUCGUCUCGUCGUUGACUGACCCGGUUGCCCCCCGCCCCCCCGAAACAACCACGAAAAACGCCUGCAACACCAGUAUGAACUUCGCCAGCCCCGAGGUACGAAAGGUGCGGCUCACGUACUUCGAUGCGGGGGACAAGGUGCAGGUCCUGAACGCCGUCAUCUACCCGGACCCGUCGCUAGACAUGCCGCUGCUGGGGAUAGAUCUCAUCUCCUUCGGAGGCAAGCACCUGGCGGGGAUCGACUUCCAGCCGCUGUUCGACGAUGACUCUUGUCGUAACCGGUACUCGGAUAAGCUCGCACCCAUCAAGGCGAAGUAUCCGGAGUUCGCCCAGAAGAUGUCGCCGCGCUUCUACGACAGCGCGCGAUUCUUCAGUGAGGAGAUGCUCUUCGGAAGAUACGAAGAUGAGGCCAUUGUGGACGAAAAGCUCUUCCCGGCGUUCGAGGAGUACCUCUCGCUCUACAUCUCCGACCUGCUCAAGGCCGCCGAGGAGGGCGGAAACCCCUCGCCGGAGGCCCGGGCGCGCGUGCUGGACCGCCACCGCGCGUACGACCAGUACAACGCGGAGCGGGACCCGGCGCACGGGCUGUUCCGCACCUACUUCGGCGAGGCGUACAGCGAAAACUUCAUGGACAACUUCCUGUUCGAGCUGAACACCAGACCGGCGGGUGGCUACCCCAAGGGCGCGGCUCGUGGGGGAGGGGGGGGCGCGAACGGUCGGCCAGCGGGAGGAGGCAACCCUCA